AUGGCGCCCCCCACCCCAACCGAACACACCAAGCUCUUCACCCCCACGACCAUCGGCUCCACCUCCCCGCUCGCCCACCGCAUCGCCCUCGCCCCCCUCACCCGCUUCCGCGCCUCCCUCUCGCACGUCCCCUCCCCCCACGCCGCGGCCUACUACGCCCAGCGCGCCUGCGUCCCGGGGACCCUCCUCAUCGCCGAGGCCACCUACCCCUCCCUCCGCGCCGCCGGCUACGCCAACGUGCCCGGCCUCUACACGGCGGAGCAGCUCGCCGCGUGGAAGGAAAUCACCGACGCGGUCCACGCCAGGGGGUGCAGGAUCUGGGUGCAGAUCUGGGCGCUGGGCCGGGUCGCGCGGCCGGUGGGCGGGGAAGAGGCGCCGAAUUGGGACGCCGGGUUCGACUAUGAGAGGCAUUUGGCGUCGGCGAGCGCGGUGCCGGCGGGCGAGGGGUACGGGAUGCCGAGGGAGAUGGGGGAGGAGGAGAUUUGGGGCUAUGUGGGCGACUUUGCCGAGGCGGCGAGGAACGCGGUCGAGGUGGCGGGGUUUGAUGGCGUCGAGGUGCAUGGGGCGCAUGGCUACCUCGUCGACCAAUUCACCCAAGACACGUGCAACCGCCGCACCGACGCCUGGGGCGGCAGCAUCGAGAAGCGCUCGCGCUUCGGCAUCGAGGUCUGCAAGGCCAUCGCCGCCGCCAUCGGGCCCGACCGGCUCGGCAUCCGCCUCUCGCCGUGGAACACGGUGCAGGGCAUGCGCAUGCAGGACCCCGUCCCGCAGUUCACGCACCUCAUCCGCGAGCUCUCGGCGCUCAGGCUCGCCUACCUGCACCUCGUCGAGCCGCGCGUCCACGGCGUCCUCGACAAGAAGCCGCCGCCGGGCGAGAACCUCGACUUCGCCCUGCGCGCCUGGGGCCGCGACCGCCCCGUCCUCGUCGCCGGCGGCUACACGCCCGAGCUCGCCGUCGAGGCCGUCGAGAAGACGUACAAGGACUACGACGUUGUCGUUGUUUUUGGCCGCCGCUUCAUCAGCACCCCUGACCUCGUGUACCGCGUCAAGAAGGGCAUCGAGUGGGCCCCGUACGACCGCAACAGCUUCUACAUCGAUCAGCGCAAGGUGAAGGAUGUCGCCAAGGGCUAUGUCGAUUAUCCGUUUUCCAAGGAGUUUAUUGCCGAGUACGGGAGCCAGGACGACACGACGGCUGCUGCUGCUCCCACGGCGAGGCUGUAG